UGGACGACGCGACAUUUGGUGAGCCGACGUGUUCCGACGAGGACCAGUGUGUCGUCGUGUCAGAGGACAGCGGCGCCACCCACCGGUAAAGAGAUUGCAUGUGUUGACACGUCAUAGAGCGUACUCAGCACUCACCGUGGUGGGUGAAUGUCUCAAGGAGCUGUCCGUGCCUUCAAGAACUCAGUAUUGACAUAGCACACCCUGCACAUUAUAGUAUAAUUACAGAAGUGGGGAAUCAGUCGGUGGAAUGGGGAGGGGGUGCAGCUAUCUUUCUUGUUCUCAUCUGUUAGUGGAUCUUUUUUUUUAAGAAUCUUGAACAGUGAUCUUUUGUAACAACAACAUAAAAAAUAGUACUAUUAUUUUUUUUUAAAUAGUUUAAAUAUUUAAAACCUCUAUUUACUAACUUUACUUUUGUUUGUGGCUUGCUGCGAGGCAAAAUCUUCGGACGCAUAGUGACCCACUUUCCGUCAAGCUAUCGACCUGAAACGUUAUGCAUAGAAUCGUUGCCGGUGACAACACACUCUAUCAAAUUCGCAACCCCAACCCCAAUAGUCCGUUGUUCCUAUUUUUUCAAGGCGAAGAUCAAAUGAAAUUCCCAAUAGCUGCGCUAAAUGAGAUUCUUGUUGUUGUUUUUUUAUCGCAAGUGUCCUUGGUGCGUAAUGUUGUCUUUUGUUUUUUUUUCUGAAAUAGAUCUGCUGUGUCAAAGCGGGUGGGACAUUAGACUAUUACUAGAGUUCAGGGGCGUGAACAAAUGUGCGGUUGCGAGCCUUGAAAAAAAAAACAAAUUGAAUGCAUGUUUUGUCCCAUUCUCAGCCCCCACACCCCCACCCCCAUUGCUUGAUAAUACAUUUUAUAAAGGAUUUGUAGGAAAAACUUUCUUGAAUGUUAAUUAACAAUUGUCUUUUAUAAACAAUCCACACAAGACGUCACUCUGAUAGAGCGCCCUCUGUCCACAGACUUUCGUGUGUCCAAGGCUAUUGUCAGCAUCACAACGAAUUCUCAAAUAUAAAGAAAGCCGGGCAUUACUUCAUAACCUCUUAUUUGCGUCACGGAACACCAGGGGCUCUCAAGCCAUGGAUAGAUGAUGUGAUCAGCGGUUACUUGAACCUGAACAUGGACACCACACAGUUGCUCAAAGUGUUGGAUCACGUGAUUGCACUCUACAGAUC